GUGUGAGAGAGAGGCGUUGGUGGUGGCCUUAGCCUUAUAUAAAGGGCGUAAAGAGAUGUUGGGGCUUUACUUGUUUUGCAAAUUGCUUCAACAAACAUACAGAAUAAAAAGAGUAAGAGGCACUCUAUAGCUAAUCCUCUCCCCACCCCCACCCCCACCCCCACCCCACCAAAAAAGAGAAAAGUUUGAAUGGAAGAACAACUCAACUCUCUAGCUGUAACUCAUCUUCUCCAACACACUCUCAGGAGUCUCUGCAUACAUGAGAAUUCCCAAUGGGUUUAUGCUGUUUUUUGGAGGAUUCUCCCAAGAAAUUAUCCACCUCCCAAGUGGGAUGGACAAGGAGGGGUUUAUGACAGGUCAAGAGGGGUGAGGAGGAACUGGAUAUUGGUUUGGGAAGAUGGUUUUUGCAAUUUUGCAGCGUCUGCAGGUGAGAUGAACGGCGGCGGCGGCGCGAGCUCAUAUGGGCAAUAUCAAGGGCUGCAGCCUGAGCUCUUCUUCAAAAUGUCACAUGAAAUCUACAAUUAUGGUGAAGGUUUGAUUGGGAAAGUGGCGGCUGAUCACAGCCACAAAUGGAUUCACAAAGAGCCAAAUGAUCAAGAAAUCAACUUCCUAUCUGCAUGGCAUAACUCAGCUGAUUCUCACCCCAGGACUUGGGAAGCUCAAUUCCAGUCGGGUAUUAAGACUAUCGCUUUAAUUGCUGUUAGAGAAGGCGUGAUUCAAUUAGGAGCCGUCCACAAGGUUGUUGAGGACCUGAGCUAUGUAGUGUUGCUGAGAAAGAAGCUGAGCUACAUCGAGAGCAUACCGGGAGUGUUGCUGCCGCAUCCAUCUUCAUCUUCAUCUUCAUCUUCAUCUUCUUCAGCAGCGCAGCAGCAAGAGGCGUGGCAGCAUUAUCAGAUGAUGAACCAUCCAAAUGAAUACUACCAUCAUUAUCACUUUGGUAAUCAUCAUGAGGCCAUGAGAAUAACCCCAUCUAUGAGCAGCCUCGACGCCCUCCUCUCCAAGCUGCCCUCAGUCUUGCCCCAACCGCCAAAGGACGAGGACAACCACGACCACGACCACGACCACGGCCACGGCCACCAUUAUGCUUUUCAUCAUCAUGUGAGUAGCACCAAAUAGUCAUCAUCGCUACCUACCUACCUUUUCAUCUUUUAUUAAUAUAAUGUCGACGUUGUGUGUUUAUUAUUAAUCUACCUUCCUAGGAUUUCUUGUUUCUUCAAUUCUUGGUUGCUCCAGAAUAAGGGCCCAACAUCAUCAUCAUCAUAUUCAAUCCAUUUUAUAUCUGCUCA